AGCAUCGACAAUAAGUUCAGCGUAUUGGCCAUCCAGGCAGCUUAGCUUCGGGACCCAUAUCUUGGAUAUUUUAUUUAUAUUCUUGCGUUUUAGAUUGACCGUGUUACUCUAAUUUGAAAUGCUUUCUUGCUUAGUAUAGCUUUACUUGGAGAUUAUCGCUGUUCGGGGCUCAUCGCUGGUUGGAAUCUGGCGUGUUAUCCCUUGUUCUCUCGUCGCUUUUUAAAAGUUAUUUUAAUCUGAAAAUGUAACUGAAAUGUACUCUUCUUUCUUGUUUUGUAGCGAUCGUGCCGCAGCUGCCUCUAGAUUCAUCAUGUGCUGAAUUGCAUUGGAUUUUUCGUAAUGUGCAUCGCAUGGCAAGUAGUGCGUCGGGUAUAAAAACUUCAAAACAGAAUAUGCCCUGAAAGCUCGGCUCAGGGUUAUGGGUGGCGCUUUAACCUCUGAUAAUGACCUACAGCCUGGUGGUUCCUAUUUCGGAGAUUGGAGACUGGAGAGUGGUUACUACUUUCCGAUAUUGAAGUUAUGGUUGUGCAGUAUGGUUAUGCCAUGGUAGAAGCCCUAUGGGCCAGAAGAAAACCCAGUUAUGCCGCAGCUGGAGCGGGAGACGUCUUUUCUCUGUUUCACCUUCAGCCUGGCUAUGUGAUCCACGUCACAACAGGAGAAUUUCGACAUGCAGGAAGAAGGUACUGCAUUUCAAGCGGGCGUGAGUGGAUACGACCAGCAGAAAUUGGUCUGACGCAGUGACCGAAGGUAGUGGCAGUUUCAGCCUGCGAUAAGGUGGUAGAUUUCAAUGAGAGUAACAGCUUCACCAGAUUUGAAAUUCCAAUCGUGCCACGCUUCUAGCAGCUUGCAAAGAAAACCAUUGUGAAAUCGUCGGCUUGGGGAUUGCGUGAGACGUUGAGGCAGAAGUAAACCAGCUCUUAGACAAAGCCCUUAACUAUAUAUGCUGGUAUUUUGCUCACUUUUUGUGGCAUCUCUAUGGGCGAUAAGGACCUCUUAAAAUUUUCCCUAUGACAACGCGGUUAGGUGUGCUUCAGCAAGGUAAACACUUCAAGAAUGAGGACCCAGCUUAAGAACAGAUAGAACGCAACCACAUCCUAUUUUCGUGUAGAAGUAACUUUUACCUGCAGUGAUUUUUUUAAAUCAAGCUUCAUCACCUGUAAAUGCAGCUGAUUUACAAACGCGGGAAUUUUGUGACUACUUCAUUCAUUGUUGCUCUCCAUCGUUCAUGAUGUAUGGUACAGGGAACCAAACUCUCAUUCAGCAUAAAUUCUUUAAUUACGUAGUGAAUCAUGUUAUUUAUUGUUGUUUGACCAUAAUUGUGCGGAACAACAAAUGGAAAUAUAACUUGAAAUGCUAAUGUGGAUAUUUUCAAAUUUGUUGCAGUGUUCAAGCCAACCCAUUGGGUUCUCUCAGAUAGGACCCUAACAGACCAGAGUUCUGUCGGGCAACAACAACCUAGGAACCAUAUGACGGUUUGUGGGAAAAAGCAUCGGUCAUCAAACAGUAGCUGUCGUUUGAGCGUGCGAUGUGCAAAUGCCCUUCUUGAGCCGAUACAUGGUAGGAACUAGUGCUGGCCCAGAUCUUGAGCUUGUCCUGUGGUACAUGUGAUUCGUGACAUUAAGGUAUCUGAAUUGUUAGAUUCUAAGGUUUUUUUCGAGAUAUUAGCUUUUGGUGAGCAUUUCUGACCUGGUGCUGCCCUAUAUCUAUUACAUCUCUUUCUUGCCUGCGACAUCUGUGUUUUUAUAUUAUUUCAAAGUCUGACCACAACAACUAUUUCUGUGGAAAUUGGCUAAUUAUCAAAAAUGCGAGGAUUUUAUCGGAUCACUACGACUUUUUCUUAUGUGAAAGUUGACUGGCGAAAAUUUCAGAUGGAAAUUUGCACUGUUGCUGUUGGUGUGCCCAGGUGAGUAAGUAAUCUCGUCGUUCUUUUUUAUCACGUUCUACAGAUAACACCUGCUGCGACAAAUCUGUGAAGGCUUUCACGAGCAGCUGCUAGAAUUCGAGGAUUCAAUUUGGUAUGAUCAGACUAUCUAUAAUCUAGUUGAAAUCCAUGAGCUGAAUUCAGACCAAUUAGCGAAGAACUUCAAUGAAGUACUACCUGAUUCGAACUUUUAGAAAUGGGACCGCGGAACAAAAUGAAAAACUAUCUACAUACCAAGCAACCCCAAUGCCGUAGAGGAAUGCAUAGCAGUCAUGAUGCUUGCUUUACGUCACACGCUGCAGCAACGUCGAAAAAAUAGGAGAAGCACCCUUGUCAUGACAAAUGCAGUGCUGCAAGCCCAGCUAAUCCAGAAUUUGAUUGACGAGCUGCAUUAACUCAUCAGGUACACAACCCCCAGAAGAACCUCUCGGAGAUAAAGCCUUUCAAUUGUUGGGUCCAAGGCUUGUAAGUGUUCUCUCAAUUCUCGAGCGUCGUCAAGACAUUCUUCCUAGAAAGGGUCUUGAAAAGUUUCGACCUCGUGAACUUUUAGCUUUACGUGCAUAUUAGACUCAAUAGAAGUGUUCCGCAAGGAUUAUACGAUUAACAUGGCGUGGUAUACUCUUGAGCGCUGAAAUGACACAAGUUGUGAUACCUUGUCUUUACUCACCGGGCGCGGUAUUGUAAACAUCAUGCAACUUUCAGUAACAUGACAGUUUCUGUUGUCAACACUUGAAGUCACGAGCAUUCAUGACACGUUUACCCUUGCUUUCGUGUCCAAGAUAACCUUCGAUAAUUUGCAAUGUCGACACUGACCAUAUGAAUGCAACCAUAGCUGACAGAAUAACCACCACACACAGAACACCCCCCGAAAUUCCAAUUCCAGAGAGCACGCAAUUUGUGUGCCGGUAGCCUUCGUGGAAUUUGUUGCAGGAGUUGGUGCAAAGGCGACGCAGCACCUCUGGAUUACGCCAUUGUGAUGGAACCAGGAAGCAGCGUGGCCCACAAACUCUAAUACCUCCGACUUCAAAGUCCGAAUCCACGCGGACGUCGAGGCCCACCGUGAGGUUCUUCGAUAGUUCUUAAAAUAGCAUCCGGGCGCGCUUUUAAUUCCGGACCGCGUCGCAGACACCAGUUAAUCUAAAUCGCCGCGGUUUCAUGCACCGUCCUGGACAGUGUCAUGACCGCACAUGACGCGCUUGUUCAUCACUCUCUCAACAUCUCCGCUCAAGGCCGCUUUCGCCCUUUGUAAACCAAUAUAAGCUGCCGUAGCUCGGGUUCUCCACAUUAUUGAGCAACGAGUUUGAGGAGAAAUUAAGCGGAGCAAGCGGGAACAGGUCGCGCUCGAAGUUACUUCUGUGCGGAAAGGGAGCCCGUGGUGCAAAUUACAAUCCCUUGGUUAAACUCGCGCGCAGUAGGACUUCGGUAAGAGUCUUCUCGUGAGUUGAUCGGAAAACUGUGAAGUGCUUGCAGUGUGGAAUUUACAGCAGUCAUGGGAGACCAAGUGCACCCCGGAUCGCCAUCGAUCCCUCCUCCGGCUACAUACGCUAAACCUCGCCAUCGUGGACGUCGCGGCGGGAUUGCUAGCUGCUGCUGCUGCUUGUUAUCCACCUUCUGUUCGUUGUUGUUUGUGUUACUACUUCUAGCAGGGAUUACGAUUUUGGUACUCUGGUUGGUGCUGAAGCCCAUCCACUUGCCCAAAUAUAGCCUCGACAACGUUGAUUUUCGUAGCUUCAGUGUGGGACAGAACAGCACUCUUAAUGCCGAUAUCCUCUACACUAUCACGGCUAACAAUCCCAACAAGAAGAUCGGCAUCAAAUACGACAACAUCGACAUACAAUCCUCGUAUGACGGGCAAGUCUUCGGGCGCAGCACCAUCCCCGGCUUCUACCAAGGUCACCAGAACAUCACGACCAUCACGUCUGAAGUCCUCGUCAAUGACUACGCGCUUACUUCAACCUCCGCAACUACUCUUGCCUCACAGAUCCAGAGCAACAGCGUCCCGCUCCACUUCCGCGCAAACGCCAAAGUCCAUGUCAAGAUUGGAAGUUACACGUCCCCGGGAUUCAAGGUCCGUGUAGACUGCGACGUGACGAUGGGGGUGAACCCCGUCUUGCUCAAGAGCAAAUCCUGCAAGUUGAAGCGCCGAAGUUAGAGCUCUCGCAUUUCCUCAUGUAGAAACUAGCCUAGGUUUUCUGAUUAUUUACUUACUGAUUAGAGUUGAGAACAGUUCAAUUGAUUUCAUGUAUAUAUCUAUGCAGUGACUGUUGCUCGCUUUCUUUGAAUGCCACAACGAUUUUUUGAAUAAAGACUACCAAGCAAGAAGGUUGAUAAAC